AUGCCUGAAGUCUAUGCAGCCCCCCCAGAUUUCGCUUUCCCGCGUAACUUCAAGGGAUAUGGGGAGAAGGGUCUGGAGGGCUUGAAAUGGCCGAACAAUGCGAAGAUUGCCGUGUCAUUCGUCAUUAACUAUGAGGAGGGCGGUGAACGGUCGGUCAUGAAAGGUGAUGGAGUUUCGGAAAUCAGUCUUCGCGAGUAUCCCGCUCAACACAAGAUCAAUGAGCGAGACUACAGCGGAGAAUCUGAAUUUGAGUACGGGUCUCGUCGCGGCUGGUGGCGACUCUUCAAGCUCUUCAACGAUUACAAGAUGAAGUUUACUCUGUACGCUGUGGGCUCAGCAGUUGAAGAACAGCCGGAAGUGGUAUCUCGUUGCGUCGAAGAAGGACAUGAUGUCGCCAGUCACGCGUAUAGAUGGAUAGACCAUGGUAAUCUCGGUGUUGAGGCUGAGAAACAGCAUAUCCGAGACGGUAUCACGGCGCUUAAGAAGCUCACUGGCUACGCCCCGAAAGGUUGGUACUAUGGACGACCAUCACCACAAAGCAGAGCUCUCAUUCCCCUCGUUUACGAGGAGAUGGGCGAGGAGCUUCUCUGGGCUAGCGACACAUACGCCGAUGAUGUCCCGUACUGGACAGAUCUGCCACAAGAGCGCAGCUCCGAAAACCCCAAAGGCUGCCUCAUGGUACCAUACAGCUACGACUGUAACGACUUCAAGUUCCACACUCAAGGAACUGGCUUCCGCAGUCCCGGUGGCUUCUACGAGCAUAUCAAGAAUGCUUUCGACGUUUUGUACGAGGAAGGCGAGGAUGGAUCUCCAAAAAUGAUGACCAUUGGGCUGCAUUGCCGUAUCAUUGGUCGCCCAGGGCGUUUCAAGGCUUUGCAGGACUUUGUAAAGUACAUCUCCUCCAAGGAAGGCGUAUGGGUUGCCACACGGACUGAAAUCGCUGAAGCAUUUAGAGAACAAUUCCCAUACAAAAAGGGACAGCUAGCAUAG